GUGUACGCGCGGCUCGAGCGGAGACGCGCUAUUCAAUGCUGUAGUACUAGUAUUGCCAGACAUGGCGGCGGAUCUACACCCCGAGUGGAUCUCUUGUCUCCCUUCUUCUUGGAGUUAUGGGGUUACUCGGGAUGGACGUGUCUUCUUCAUCAACGAAGAAGCGAAGAGUACAACCUGGUUGCAUCCAGUAAGUGGCGAGGCAGUAAUAACCGGGCACAGAAAAACUCCAGAUCUACCGACUGGUUGGGAAGAAGGAUAUACUUUCGAGGGAGCACGAUGUUUCAUCAACCACAAUGAGCGGAAGGUGACCUGCAAGCAUCCUGUCUCAAGCUCGCCCUCACAAGACAACUGCAUCUUUGUCGUCAACGAACAAUCGGCACCCAAAGCGCCAGCGAAUGAAAAGAAGGAACGUCCUCUGAGCACCAUGAGCGAGGCCACAAACUACACAGGUGGCUCGGACUACGCCACACACCCUGGUAGUCCAGCAGGGAGGCCCUCGAGACCUUCAAAAAAAAUCCACAAUUUUGGGAAGAGAUCCAACUCGAUAAGGAGGAACCCCAAUGCCCCAGUCAUCAAGAGUAACUGGCUGUACAAACAGGACAGCACAGGGAUGAAGCUGUGGAAGAAGAGAUGGUUCGUGCUGUGCGACAUGUGCCUGUUCUACUACAGAGAUGAGAAGGAGGAGGGCAUUCUGGGUAGUAUACUUCUGCCCAGCUUCCAUAUCUCCAUGCUGUCUGUGGAUGACCACAUCAACAGGAAAUACGCCUUCAAGGCCACACACCCCAACAUGCGGACAUACUACUUUUGCACGGACGCGGCCAAAGAGAUGGAGUCGUGGAUGAAGGUGAUGACGGAUGCUGCCCUGGUGCACUCGGAGCCCGCCAAGAGCAGGUUGGACAGGCUGAAGGUGGAGCAGUGCGGCCCGCAGGACGUCAACCACAUGGCCAACCACAGGCCGCUGACCCGCCCAGAGAUCCAGAACAACGAGCGCAACCGCGAGGCCGACCGGGAGCGCCACCUGGCCGAGGAGAGCCGGAAGCAGCGCGACGCCGAGCGCUACGGCUUCCAGAGCGCCGGGGCAGACAGGGAGCGCCCGCUCACCAAGAUCAACAGCAUCAAGCUGCAGCCCGCCCAGGCGGCCGCCCUCACCGCCAACAUCAACAGCUGCCCCUCCCCCGCAGCGCGCCAAGCCGAGCCCGACGGCGCCCCCCGCGGGGCCCCCCAGGUGAACGGCUCCGGGGAGCCCAGCCCCAGGGAGGUGGGCGCCCCACUCCAGAGGACCCCUACCCAGGAGCCUGACUGUUCCCUGCAGAGGACCCCCACCCAGGAGCCUGACUGUUCCCUGCAGAGGACCCCCACCCAGGAGCCUGACCGCUCCCUGCAGAGGACCAGCUCCAUGCAGCAGCUGGAGCAGUGGGUCCGCACGCAGAGGGUCCGCAACCAGGACGACGACACCAGAAGCAUCAUGUCUUACCAGACGCUCCCGAGGAACAUGCCGAGCCACCGGGCGCCGCCCGCCGUCCCCCACUACGGCGAGGGCUACCGCACCAUGCCCCGGAACAGCAUGGCGCAGCGCGACAGCAUCUGCAGCAUGUCGCCGUCCGUGUACGACCAGGCGCUGGGGCUGGCGCCCGGCGACAAGCGACGCUCCAUGAGGGACGACACCAUGUGGCAGCUGUUUGAGUGGCAGCAGCGCCAGGCCUACGUGCGGCCGCCCGGGCCAUACGGCACGCUGCCCAGCCCCAAGACCAUGAUCAACCUGUCGGAGCACGCCACCCACUCCAUCCCGCCCUCGCCCUCCCACGGCUCGCUGGCCAUGUACGGAGGCUACUCGCCGCUGCGCUCCUACAACACCGUCGCCCGCUCGGAGGUGUCCUCGCCCGUGUACCGGGGCGACAUGAGCAUCGACAGACGCAACCGCACACACCUCACCAAGUAUGCCUACCCACCUGACAGGAGGUCCAUGCCAGCAGGGAUCCCUGUCCAGACCAUCACUGCCCAGACUCUGCAAGGGAAAACGCCUGAGGAGCUGACUCUGCUUCUGAUAAAGCUGCGGCGGCAGCAGGCAGAGUUAAACAGCGUCCGGGAGCACACUGUAGCACAGCUUAUGCAACUAAACCUCCAUGGAGACAACCCAAAGAACGACGUUCUCUCUCACCACCUCCAGAGGAACCUCAUGUACCUGGACCACCAGAUGAAGGAAAAUGACCCUUUAAUCGUCACCAUUCACACUAUGAUUGAGAACUCAGCCCCAAGGCCUCAACUGUACCAGCAAAUGAGCCCAGAGGACUACAGGGAACACGCCUACAUGUGCAGACCAGAGGAGGUGGACACAGACGCCAAGCUGAGCAGGUUGUGUGAACAGGACAAGGUGGUCCGAACACAAGAGGACAAGCUACAGCAGCUCCACAGAGAGAAGCACACCCUGGAGACGGCCCUGCUGUCGGCCAGCCAGGAGAUCGAGCUGGGCUCUGACAACCCUGCCGCCAUGCAGAGCGUCAUCCAGCAGAGAGACCUCCUGCAGAACGGCCUGCUCAGCACCUGCAGAGAGCUGACCAGGGUCAACACUGAGCUGGAGCGGUCCUGGAGGGAGUACGACAGGCUGGAGGGAGAUGUGACCCUGGCCAAGAACAACCUGCUGGAGCAGCUGGAGGCCCUGGGCAGCCCUCAGACAGAGCCGCCCAGCCAGCAGCACGUCCACAUCCAGCAGGAGCUGUGGAGGGUCCAGGAUGUGGUGGAGGCCCUCAGUAAGAACAGGGCCCAGCGCAGCACGGACGGCUCGUCACACUUCUCCAGCAAACACAAGAGCGAGGACUCGGUGCCCCCGCGGCCGCCCCUGCCCCAGUCCUACGACCCUAACCCCCCCGCCGUGCCCCCCCUCCCCUCCCCUGCCGGCGUCCGCACCACGCCUCACCGGCCCGAGGACAGGAAGGCCGGCCCGAGGAACGCAGCGCACAGCAGCCCAGACUACCGUCUGUAUAAGAGCGAGCCUGAGCUCACCACUGUGGCUGAGGUGGACGAGAGCGGAGAGGACCGCUCUGAACACACUUCUGAGAGAGACCCCUCGGGCAUCAAAGGAAUGUCCUACCCAGUUGGAAUAGUUCCCCCCAGGACCAAGUCCCCCAUGCCGGAGUCCUCCACCAUCGCCUCCUACGUCACCCUGAGGAAGAGCAAGAAGCCCGACCCCAGGACGGAGCGUCCUCGCAGCGCGGUGGAGCAGCUGUGUGCGGCAGAGAGCGGCCGCUCCAGGAUGAGCGUGGAGGAGCAGCUGGAGAGGAUCCGUCGGCACCAGCAGGGGGCGCUGCGGGAAAAGAAGAAGGGGCUCAACCUCCUGGGGGGGUUAGGGGCGCAGCAGGACGCCCCGUCCCCCUCACGCAGUCCCUCACGUAGCCCCUCCUUCACCAAGGAGAACCCCUUCCGCAGCAUGCAGGCCCACAGCAGGCGGAGGGAGGAAGUAAUGAGCAGCGACAUCGAGGCUCUGGAGGCGUCGAUGCGGCGACAGGAGGCAGGGAGGGACAUCGAGGCUCUGGAGGCGUCGAUGCGGCGACAGGAGGCAGGGAGGGACCAUGAGACGCCGGCCCAGGAGAUCGCACGCCUCAAAGAGGCUGGGCAGGCGGACCACUUCAACAUGGACCGAGAGCUGUCUGUGCCAGACAAGGUCCUGAUCCCCGAGCGCUACGUGGAGGCCGAGCCUGAGGCCGCCCUCAGCCCACAGGAGGAGGCGGAUAAACAGAAGAAGGUGGAUCGCAUCAAAGCCCUCAUCGCUAGAAACAGCAUGCAGAACGCGCUCCCUGGAGAGCUGAGCCGGGAGGAGGGUGGCGAGGAGGACAGCCCGGCCCAGGAGCAGGACAAGUUGAUCAACAUGUCGUACGAGCUGGCUGCCGAGGCCUCCAAACGGAGCAAGCUGGUGGCAGUGCAAAGCCUCUCGUCCUCAUCUCCACCCCAGCUCCCAAGCUCCUCUUCUCCUAACACACCCACACACCCCCAGCUCACUGAUGGGUCCCACUUCAUGUGUGUGUAGUAGACCAGUAAGAGCCCUCCUGUCUGUCUCUCUCUCUCUGUGUGUCUCUCUCUUUCUCUCUCUCUGUCACUCUCUCUUUUUGUCUUUAGUUUUUUCUCCAUCUCUGUACGUCGCUUUGUAUAAACCAUUUCCUACCGGAUCUCGGGUGUGUAGCCUGGUGUCAGGCCUGUCGUUACCCAGGGCUGAGGUCUGUUUCAGGGGGAACUCAUUCUGACUAACUGUCUCUCUCUACCCUGUCUCCAGCCCAGGCUCUGGCUUCAGUGAAGACCUAUACGUGAGGGACACAGGCAGGGAAGUAAGGGAAGGAAUAUGUCCACUCAACCCCACCACCACCUCUCCUUAGGACAUCAGCACAACUCGUAGACAGAGCCCGACAGAUAGACUGAUGGACAGAUCGUCUGGGCUUCACCUCAUGAAUUUGGCUUCACUGUGAUGUCACAUCCUAUUGUCAAGAUGACACUUCCUGUGACCAUGCCCACCUCUGGACCCCCCAUCCUGCCUGCCCCUUCCUCCAUUACAAUGAUCAGACUGCAAGGCAUUCAUACUGUUGACGUUAGAAGAGUUGCAUCGCUGUUAUUUACAGUGUUCGGUUUUGAGUUUGGAUUUUGAAUACAGGCCGAAGUUCUGUUGUUGGAGCUGAUGGAUUGAUUGACCCCCCCCCCCCCGUGCGGUUUUAAGGCUCCUGUUCAUGCCACCACCACCCGGAAGGACCUUCCCCUCAGUGAUGGCUGACUCAUGCAAACAAUGGUUUAUUUGUUGUAACCGAUGUUCCACAAUGGUUUUAUCAUUCCCCUGGCAUCUUUUCAGUUCCUCUUGGAUUUUUUCAAAUUCAUGUUUUUUAAGUUUGGUUUUUAAUCUUUUCCUUCACAUAACUGCAUAUUUCAAUAAUUCUGUAAAAAAUUAAAAAACGUUCCUGUUUUCUAUUUCAAAGAAAGUCUAGCUAUAUAUACUGUAUGAAAAAGAGUUGAUUUAUAAUUCAAGAAGGUGCCACUUUAUUGCUGCAGAUGAUGAGAUUUGUAAUAUUUUUUCUGGGUUGUAAUUAUUUAUAUGUCGGAUUCUCUGCAGUCUGUUGCACUGUUAGCCGACACAUACGUGAAUGUUUUGGCUUAAGAGAUGCAUAAUUUUUUUCUAAUGCUGAGAGAGAUAUAUUUAAGAUUAAAUGAAAGGAGAAAAAAAGUUUUCAGAGUUUGGUUAUAUUUUAAGACGAGUUGGUUCCUGGAACUGAAAAAAAAAAAAGGAAUAGCACAUAAAGCAAUAAGAACGUUUUGUUAAUCCAGGAAAGUUUUUGUGUACAAAAUGUAAUUACCAGAAGUUCAUUGUGUAUAUACUGUACACGGUACAAGAAUAUGGGAAGCUGCAUCUUGGCUACUAGUGUUGAUAUGCAAAUGUUCAUAUACCAUCUGUUUUAUAUCAUGUUAAAUAAAUGUUGCUGUUCUUAA